ACCGAGUGGAGGAAGUUUUGUGAUAACGCGGGCCUCUUUGCUGCCCACCCCGAAGUCACAGACGGUGGGGUCAGCCCUGGGAUGAGAGAGGGGCGUCUGGGAGGUGGGGGCGUCCAUGGGUGGGGGGGGUGGUGGCAGUGCAAUGGAGAAAGAGAAGAGGAAGUUUAAAGUGAGUCGGCUACUCACCCUCUACCUCUUCAGGAAACACCAGCCCAAAACUUUAGCUAGCGUCUCUGUGGCCGAUGUCGACACCAAUGCCACCAAGACGACAGCAACACCGGCAGCACCAGAGGAGGUCACCACAGAGCAUGAGGAGUCAAACUCGGAGACGGAUGAUGAUGUCAUCAAGGAGAUCAACAUCACGCAUGUGGUCAAGGAAGGCUCUGAGAAAGCUGAUGCCUCUCAGUUUGAGCUCCUCAAAGUGUUGGGGCAGGGCUCCUUUGGAAAGGUGUUCUUGGUGCGGAAGAUCACCCCUCCCGACAACAGCCAGCUCUAUGCCAUGAAGGUGCUGAGGAAGGCCACGCUGAAGGUGAGAGACCGCGUCAGGACGAAGAUGGAGAGGGACAUUUUAGCAGAUGUCAAUCAUCCUUUUGUCGUCAAACUCCAUUACGCGUUCCAGACGGAGGGGAAGCUGUACCUGAUCCUGGACUUCCUCCGAGGAGGGGACCUUUUCACACGGCUGUCGAAGGAGGUGAUGUUCACAGAGGAGGAUGUGAAGUUCUACCUGGCUGAGCUGGCACUAGGGCUAGACCAUCUGCAUGGCCUGGGCAUCAUCUACAGAGACCUUAAACCAGAGAACAUCCUACUGGAUGAGGAAGGACACAUCAAACUAACAGACUUUGGUUUGUGCAAAGAGGCUAUCGAUCACGAGAAGAAGGCCUACUCCUUCUGCGGUACAGUAGAGUACAUGGCGCCCGAGGUGGUGAACCGGCAGGGCCACAUCCACAGCGCCGACUGGUGGUCGUUCGGGGUACUGAUGUUUGAGAUGCUCACUGGGUCAUUGCCGUUCCAAGGGAAGGACCGCAAGGAGACCAUGAACCUCAUUCUCAAGGCCAAACUGGGAAUGCCACAGUUCCUGAGCGCAGAGGCCCAGAGUCUCCUCAGAGCUCUGUUCAAAAGAAACCCCGCAAACAGACUCGGUUCUGGUCCUGACGGUGCUGAAGAGAUCAAACGUCACUGUUUCUUCUCUACCAUAGACUGGAAUAAACUCUUCCGGCGAGAGAUCAAGCCCCCCUUCAAACCAGCUGUGGCCCGCCCCGACGACACCUUCUACUUCGAUUCAGAGUUCACCUCCCGCACUCCAAAAGACUCCCCCGGUGUUCCUCCCAGUGCUGGCGCUCACCAGCUCUUCCGUGGCUUCAGUUUCGUUGCCACGGCAAUGCUGGAGGAGGAGGGGACUGAGAAAGUGUCGCAGCCUGCACCCCACGCUGCAGUGCAGCAGCUUCAUGGGAAGAACAUCCUGUUCAGUGAUGGCUACAUGCUGAAGGAGGACAUUGGCAUGGGCUCCUACUCCGUCUGUAAGCGCUGCGUCCACAAAGCCACCAACACCGAGUACGCCGUCAAGGUGAUUGACAAGACUAAGACAGACCCAUCAGAGGAGAUUGAGAUCCUGCUGAGAUAUGGUCAACACCCCAACAUCAUCACUCUGAAGGAUGUUUACGACAACGGGAAGCAGGUGUACCUGGUGACGGAGCUGAUGCGGGGCGGGGAGCUGCUGGACCGCAUCCUGAAGCAGAAGUUCUUCUCGGAGCGGGAGGCCAGCGCCGUGCUCCACACCAUCUCCAAGACCGUGGAGUACCUGCACUCUCAGGGGGUGGUCCACAGAGACCUUAAGCCCAGUAACAUCUUGUAUGUGGAUGAGUCUGGAAACCCGGAGUCCCUGCGCAUCUGUGACUUUGGCUUCGCCAAGCAGCUGCGGGCCGACAAUGGGCUGCUCAUGACGCCCUGCUACACCGCCAACUUUGUGGCUCCAGAGGUGCUGAAGCGCCAGGGUUAUGACGAGGGCUGUGACAUUUGGAGUCUGGGGGUCCUUCUCUACACCAUGCUGGCUGGCUUCACCCCGUUUGCUAAUGGCCCCGAGGACACGCCGGACGAUAUCCUGAGCCGGAUCGGGAGUGGCCACUUCACACUCAAGGGAGGGAACUGGGACGCGGUGUCGGAUGCCGCCAAGGAUCUGGUGUCCAAGAUGCUACAUGUUGAUCCUCAUCAGAGGCUGACUGCCAUGCAAGUCCUAAAACACCCAUGGAUCGUCCAGCGCGACAAGCUUCCCAACAGCCAGCUCCAGCACCAGGAUGCCAAGCUUGUCAAGGGGGCUAUGGCAGCCACAUACUCAGCCCUGAAGAGCUCGGUGCCUACCCCUCACCUGAAGCCCAUCGAGUCGUCCAUCCUGGCCCAGCGGCGCGUGAAGAAGCUGCCUUCCACCUCCCUGUAGAGAGACCCAGAGACACGGAAAAACAAAGUUAAAGAAGAGCCGCACCAGCCGGGACAGCUUGGCAUGGGCGCCCUCUGCCAAAGGGGCGUGUCACAGGCUGUCAAUCACACUGGGCCAGGAUCAGAACAUGGCAACGGGGGCAGUUAAGGGCAGGCGUGAUUGCAGUGCUUUUUCGAGUAAGAGGCAUUUGUGUGUGUGAAUGUGUGUAUGUGUGUAUGCCUGUGUGUGCGUGUAUGAGCACACGUGAGUGAAUGAGUCAAACACUGCCAGACUGCUCACCACAAAAACAAGACAUUCAUGCCGAUCUUGGUAGUGUGUUGGCAUUGUCAAUAUCUGCUUUAUCAAUUUUCAAGGUUAAUAUGUUUUGUUUGCAAGCCAGUUGCACGUCUAUAUGUUUGUUUGUUUUUUUUCCCCUCUGGUUGAGAAGGAAAUACAUUUGUACUGCCAAAUCUGAAUUUUUCUCUGUGUUCUCCUUAAAUAUAAAGCCAUGGCUCAAACAGGAGCACAAAAUGAUUAGGCUCUACAACUGUCAUCUUCACACUGUUCUAGAGCAAGAGAAGACUCCUUUUCUGGAGGAGGCCUUGCCAUGAACAAUGCACACCCCAGGCAUUGUGAUCAAAUCCACUGUUUUGGAGCUGUCAGCAUUGAAUCGUGGGUAAAUGUGUUCAGUGUUUAGCAUGGAUAUAAAAGGUGUUCAGAGCAUGAUAGGAUCAGAGUCUUAAGGUGGGGAGGGUGCGAACAUUCUGGUUUAGUUAUGUAUCGUCUUGUUGCUUGGUGUUUGCCACUUUGCUUUGUGACUCUGCUGGCUCUGAAAAUGACAAUUUAAACACGUGUUAAGUAUUUUUGAUGUAAAAAAAAUAUAUAUAUAUUAGAGUUGUCCUGGAGCCAAGCAGUGGAAUGUUUUGUAUCAUUCAAAUUUUCUAGUUUCCUGGAUGAGCUUUUUGAAUUGUCACUCGUGUUUGUUUUUGUUGUCGCCUUUUUAUAGUUUCCAUAGCAUGUGGGGCAUCAGAAUAAUGCUUAUCUGAGAAGAUUGACAUGGUGAAAUGAUUUCUUUUUCUUUUUUAUCUAAUGCUCUGCGCAUAAAUGUCAGGUAGAGUGGGAGUGGACUGGACUUGAAACUGAUUGUAACAAGCUCUUGAAUGCACUCUAUCCAAAUAAAAAAAAAAGUAUCUUCAGUCACUUAAAGGGACAAUCUUGAGCCAGGAGCUGGUGCUGUACCCGGAUGUAUUGUGUGCUGGCUUGUUGGUCUGUGUGAGGACUGUCACAACGAGUGUCACUUAUACCCCCAUCGAUCCAGCUCCUGAACGAGUCCACUGCUACUGGAUCAUCACGCUACACUGCAAACCAAAGAGGCUUCUGCUGAACCACUUUAACAGAGAAAAUCAAAUUGGCCUCCAUGUCAGCAUCUAAAUCUCGAAACAUAGAGUAAAUGGGUUCAAUGAGAAAAAUGAAAGCGCGGUCGAAGCGACUCUAGUCUCCAGUUCUGUGUGCUCAGACAUUUAUGAUUUAACAGACAAUAGCACGGUCGCUGUAAGCAUCUGGGUUCUCCUCCUCAGCCAGUCAGCCAGUCACCAGCCACUGCUCGGUGCAUUCAGCCAGUCAGCACUGUGCCACAGACGUAGCAGCACUGUAACACUGAAACAGAGUGUCCUUACGUUCAAAUGUAUAUUGUAGUGUAAAUAGACCAAAAGCAGGAAUAACAUGUCGAGAUGCAUUGAAAAUAUGGAGAUGUUUAUAUAUGAAAGUGUGAUGACUGCUAAAUGUAGACCUGGCACAGAAUUCCUUCUGCUGUCCCCCAUCCUCUCUUGGCUUCUCAGUUUUGCGUUGUUGAGCUUGUCUUUGCACAAACUGUUUUUUUUUUUUUUUGUUGUCUACAUGUGGGAGUAAGUUAUCAAAAAAUGGUGACUGUAGCAACUGUAGGACUUCUUUGCCCCCC